AUGGCUGACGACGAUCUAGAAGCUAUUCGAGCAAGGCAUAUGGCAGAGCUGCAAAGUCAGCAGGGGCAUGGCGAUGGAGCUAAAACACAAGCUGAACAACAAACAAGAGAGAAUGAGAUGAAGAAUGUCAUACUUGGUCAAGUCUUGGAUCAGAGUGCUAGAGCCAGAUUAAAUACUAUUGCUAUUGCAAAACCAGAAAAAGCACGCAUGGUUGAAAACCUAAUUAUUCAGAUGGCAAGGACUGGCCAACUGCAAGGACAAAAGUUGUCUGAGGCUCAACUCUAGGAUCUCUUAGAACAAGUGAGCUCAUCAACACAAAAAAAGACAACUGUGAAGUUUGACCGUCGACGAGCCCACAUGGAUGAUUCUGAUGAAGACCUCUAAGCCAGCAUUGUAAGAUAGUGAUUGUUUAACUGAAAUAACUUGUGUGAUAAGCCCAAUUAAAAAAUGCAUUUACUGUGGUCUCACUUACGUCACUUUAAAUAUACUGUGUUUUAGACAGUCUGUCAUUGCCAAUAUUUUCUCUGUGCCUUUAAUUUUAAGUUGCAAUUUUUCUUUUAAUUGAAGAAAGGGCUAUACACUGGUUGGCUCUGAGGAAGAGCAUUUAUAUUUUAAAAGGCUUUAUAUUUAACUACUGGUCAUAAGAAUUGAUUAUUGAUAACAUUAUUGUAAAAUAUUAGCUCAGCCUAAUCCCAACAACCCUUCCCUAUAACAUCAGAACUCAAGUGAUUGUGCUGGCCACACAAUCUUCUAGUCCUUAGCCAUCGAA